UUCAAUUCUAGAAGACAUCUCACGAACUUUCAGAGAGAACAGUUACUUUUUUGCCUUUCAAGAGGAAUAGGUCUUUAAAAUAAAAUAGUCGGCUAACCUCUGCAGGCAUAUCCUUGAAGACUCGUACAUAAAAGGAAAACAUGGAGCAGUGAUUAAUAUUGAAACUACUGAUCAGAUGUAAUGUGAAAUGUGAAACCAACACUCUUCAGAAGUCUAUUUAAUCAAAAACAUUUUAUCCUGCAAAGGGGAGAAAACAAAUUAUUGUUGAUUCCGCAACACCUUGCACUGAGAGAACACUGCUUGGAUACAGAAUGGAUGGGAUAGCUUUCAUUUAUGCUGGAAAUCUUUCCAAUCCCUAUAACUCUUCUGGGGGAAAUUUUACCUGGGGCCAUUAUGAUCAAUGUUACUCUCCGAAUGCCAUGAUUUUUGUGCUGGCACUGAUUUACAGUGCCAUCAUCAUCCUCGGAGUAUCUGGCAAUCUGCUACUGAUCACUAUUGUUAUGAAACAGAAAGAAAUGCAUAAUGUUACCAACAUACUGAUUGUCAACCUAUCAGUCUCUGAUCUGCUCAUCAGUGUGAUGUGCUUGCCCUUCACAUUUGUCUACACUUUUAUGGACCAUUGGAUCUUUGGUGAGGCCAUGUGCAAGCUAAACUCCAUGAUCCAGUGUAUCUCCAUCACGGUCUCCAUCUUCUCUUUGGUGCUGAUUGCAGUUGAGCGCCACCAGUUGAUAAUCAACCCCCGAGGCUGGAGACCAAAUAACAAACAUGCCUACCUUAGCAUUGCCAUCAUGUGGGCACUAGCACUGCUUACAUCUCUACCUUUCCCCCUUUUUCAUGUUCUGACCAAUGAGCAGUUCCAGUACGACCCUAAAUACUCAAAGGAAUUUGCUGGAAAGUACUUGUGUAUUGACCAGUGGCCAUCCGAAAACCAAAGGCUGGCUUAUACUACGUGUCUCCUGGUAAUGCAAUACUUUGCCCCCCUCUGCUUUAUAUUCAUCUGCUACUUUAAAAUAUAUGUACGCCUAAGGAGGAGAAACAACAUGAUGGAGAAGAUGAGAGAAAAUAAAUACAGGGCAGAUGAAAACAGAAGAAUCACUAUUAUGCUAAUCUCAAUUGUGGUAGCAUUUGCAGUCUGCUGGCUGCCCCUCAACAUCUUCAAUGCUGUUUUUGAUUGGAAUUAUGAGGCCAUUAAUAAUUGCCAUCACAACCUGGUUUUCUCCAUAUGUCAUCUGGCAGCCAUGUUGUCCACCUGUACAAACCCCAUCUUUUACGGAUUCCUCAAUAAAAAUUUUCAGAGGGACUUGCGUUCAAUUCUCCACUACUGCAAAUGUAGCCCCAGAGAAGAGGACUAUGAAGCUAUUGCCAUGUCAACCAUGCAGACGGAGAUUUCCAAGAGCUCUCUGAAACAAACAACACAGAUUGCUUGAGAUGAAUUGAUUUCAGAAUCUUGCUCCAGCAGAAUAAACAGCAAUUGGUUCACCUGGCCUAAGCAACCAAAUAUCAUUAAGGAUCAUUCCAUUAUACACUGGCAAAAAGUUUCACACACAAAUUAUAAGUUUAAAGACUAUUAGAUUUUAGCAGAAUUUUUAAAUAGGAGAUUACUUCUAACUUGAUUUUGGUCUAUAUUCCAUUGGGAGUAAAACUGUCCUUUCCCUGAAGAAGACAUUACAAAAAGUAGCUAGAAUGCAGAAACUUCACUAUAUGCAACUUCUAACUCUUUAUUUGUUCUUGGUAUAAGGGAGACUUGGACAAGGCCCCAUUAUAUUGCCUAUCUCUAGUUGCCCUCCAAUAACUUUAGUUAAAUGAUAUCUAUGUUGCAUGUGUUUUAUUUUCAAAGUGUUUGAAAGCAUAAAAGAACUUUGUCCACAAUGAUGUUUGUUUCAACCAAAUUAUGAGAGGAAGAAUGAAGUAGAAGCUUUUAGUUUUUCCGCUAGACGGGUAGGAAACCAAAGGAGAAGCUAAUUCAUUCCGUUCCCAUGUGCCUCCAGCAGCAGAGAACUGGAGGGGUUGUAUUUCUUUUGAGCAGACAAUAGUCCAUGAUGGAAAUCUAAAGGAGGAGAACGUUUUUUGAAAAAGCACUUCAUUUUGCAACAUGCUUUUCCUUUUGCAAGUUUGCUAUUAUAAUGGACAAAGAAAAAAUUGCAGUUUGUUCCAAUAAGUUUUACAAUUUUGUGUGAUAACCAUAGUCUCUUUAACAGUAAAUUGUAUAAUUAUAUUGUC